AAGCAGGCAUCUGUGUUUCUAGGCUGACUGCACCUGAGCGCUGCGACCACGUCAGAGUGAACGCUGCAAAUGAUGGAUUCUUGCUUUGUGACCCUGAAGACCAACUGAAUUUUAGCUGCGGGACUUGGACACAAUGGAAAACAACACAACCAUCUUUGAGGAUGUCCCCCAGGUCGUAAAUUUAACAGAAAUGCCCCUGAAGCCUCUUGAAGAACAGAUCAUUACAAUAUUUUUAACUCUGUUCAUCUGUGGAGUUGGAAUUGCUGGGAACAUCAUGGUGGUGCUGGUCGUGCUGCGCACUAAACACAUGGUGACCCCGACCAACUGUUACCUUGUCAGCCUGGCUGUUGCAGACCUCAUUGUGCUCCUGGCUGCAGGGCUGCCCAACAUCUCUGAUGUUGUAGCUUUCUGGAUUUAUGGAUAUACUGGAUGCGUGUGUAUAACUUUUCUGCAGUAUUUGGGCAUCAACGUGUCAUCCUGCUCCAUCACAGCGUUCACCAUUGAACGAUAUAUUGCCAUUUGUCACUCUAUAAAGGCACAGCUCAUAUGCACUGUUUCCCGGGCCAAGAGGAUCAUAACUGGAGUCUGGAUCUUCACCUCACUCUACUGUAUCAUGUGGUUCUUUUUAGUAGACACAGAUGAAACUGUGUAUGCCAACGGGGUGGUGGUCACCUGUGGCUACCGUGUCUCCAGGAGCCUCUACAUGCCAAUCUAUUUCCUGGACUUCACUCUGUUUUAUGUGAUCCCUCUCACUGUGGCCACUUUGCUGUACGGGCUCAUCGCACAGAUUUUGUUUAUGAGCCCUCUGCCCUCAAAUCUGAAUGACCAAUGCGGAGGAGGGUCGGUUCACCGGGGCCACUCCAACAGCAUCAACAAGGGAGCAGUCUCUGCGAGGAAACAGAUUACAAAGAUGCUGGCUGUGGUGGUGGUCCUCUUCGCCUUGCUCUGGAUGCCGUAUCGAACACUGGUGCUGGUAAACUCCUUCAUCAACCCACCUUAUCAGAACGCCUGGUUUGUGCUCUUUUGCCGGAUGUGCAUCUAUGCCAACAGCGCCAUCAACCCCAUCAUUUACAACCUAAUGUCUCAGAAGUUUCGUGUUGCAUUCAAAAAGCUCUGCAAGUGCAGCUGGCGACAAAAACAGGAAGAGGCCAAGUACGAUGUGCCGAUGUUCUACAGCCUGAUGAAGAAUUUAUCCCAUGAGGGCAACGAGCAGGUCACUGAGCAAGAGGAAGUGAAUACCCAAACCACCGGCAGGUGUAACGUAACGGAUGAUGAUGAUGAUGAUGAUGAUGAUGAUGCCAGCACAUUCAACAUUUCUCAGUAAAGGCUACGAUGGGUUUGUUGGGUUCAUUAGUAGCUAUAAACGGUGUGUAUAUGAUAAAUUAUUUGUGAAAAUAUUUCAUUUUAAUUAUUGGGUUGCCUAUUAUUUCCACCCAUUAAAUAGUAUUUACUGACUCCUGAGACCUGCAGAUAUUUUUCUAGGUUUACUGUAAUUCAGGUUUUAUUUGUGGUGGUGUAGCUGUGUAGUUGUACUGUCAUUUUGCAUUAUUGUUGCUCGACACUGUGAGACCAAGUGUAUAGUGUACUUCAAGUUGCUCACGUUUUAGUGCACAUAAAUAAAAUGACUAGGUAAAAUGGACAUUUUAUGUGAUACAUGUGUUACUGGUGCUUGUGAAUUUUGCUGUGAGACGUCUAGAUUUAUAGUAACUAGUGUGAGAGCCAGUUCUGUACAACAACGAGCUAAUGAAAUUAUCUGCAUAAUGUGUCCCUGUGUCCUUUGAUAUCAAGUGCA